ACCAGGCCCCCAAAGAUCCAUAGUCUAGCCCCCCAAAACCCCACCUUCACCUCCAGGAAAUCUUUAGCACCCCUCUUCCCUGAAACCUACCCUGAUCUUUGUCAAGAGUCUUCUGGAAACCUGAGCUAUGCGGAGUGUGGUCUGUCUCUGGCUGGGGGCAUGGCUGGGGAUAGCCCUGGGGACAACCCCAACACCUACCAGCUUACUGACCAUCCUCACCUCCAACCAAAGUUCUAUGGACCAGAAUGCCCUGGGCUCCUUGUUAAAUAGACUGGCGGCCCGUGUGCACUGCCUAGAUGAGCCGUGUGGAAAGUGCAUGACUGUGGAGAAUGCCCUGGCCCUGGCGGGGCAGGGUUGGAUUCUGAGUUCCCAGAAUGUGACCCAGUUCUGUGCCGGGAUCGCUCUCUACCUGAGGGAUCCAGAGGGCACUUGUGCUGCUAUUCAGGUUGGCAGCUGGGGCUCCCACGCAGAGAGCCUCCUGGCUUCGUUGGCUUCUGCCGGGGCCAAUUACCCCAACAUCCUGAACCGACUUCUUCAGCAGAUCCAAGGGCGCUACCAUGGAGAGCCAGGCAAGAGUUGUGUGGACAUACACCAGAUUUUGGAGGAAGCAGCAGGAGCCCAGGGGACUGAAAGCCAAGAUCCAAGCCUGGCUCUGGCUGUCCUCCUGGACCAUGCCCUAGCUGGGUCCAGCUUCCAGGUCCUGCCCAGUCCCCAGUACUUCAUUGAUUUCGUCUUCCGGCAUCAUGGCAAUGAGUCACAGAACCUCACUCUAUCUGAGCUGCAGGCUCUGAUGAGCCAGCUGCAUGUGGGGAAGGAGGCUGAGGUCCAUCCCCAUGACAGUGAUGAAGAGCACCAGCGCAGUCACAGAGAGCACAGCCUGGAAGGGAGGGCCAGCUACCAGCCAAGGGCUUCUCAAAAGGCCGAAGUGGGGGACUCUGACAGCGUAUGGGACACGGUAUGCCUGAGUGCCUCUGAUGUCCUGGAGGUGUAUGGGAUAUCAGAAAAGGAAGGCGUGUCCCCAGAUGCCUGGGCCCAGCUCAGCCCAGCCCUACUCCAGCAGCAGCUCAGUGGGGCCUGCGUAUCUGUCCACUCCUCCACCGAAGGGGACCUCAGUGUCUCCAAAAAAUACCUAUAUAGCUCCCUAGCCACACUGGUCAUCUGCCUCGCCUCUGUCUUUGGCCUGGUGCUUGUGUUCUGUGCCUCCUGCAAAAAUGUCUCCCACUAUGUCAUCCAAACCUUCCUGGGCAUGGCCGUGGGUUCCCUCACUGGGGAUGCCGUGCUUCAUCUCAUCCCUAAGGUGCUAGGCCAACAUUCCCAUGGGGAGGAAAGUGAGCAAGAAAGUCCUGAGCUUGUGUGGCGGCUCUUGGGUGCAUUGGGUGGCUUCUAUGCCUUCUUCCUCUUUGAGAACCUCUUCAACAUCCUGAUGUCCCGGAAUUCAGAGGAUAGAGAGGACAACAGCACCUGCAACCACAGCCACGGAAUGUCCCUGCAGCUGGUGACAGAUGAACUGUCACACCAGAUGCAGCAACAGCAGCAGGAAGGCUCGAGGACGGACCUGGUGUCAGAUGGGAAUCCAGAGCUUUCUGGUGAGGAUCACGAAAAAGUGAACCGAGAGCUGCAGCUUCUCCCCUACAUGAUUACUCUUGGAGAUGCCCUUCACAAUUUUGCAGAUGGGUUGACUGUGGGUGCUGCCUUUACUGCUUCAUGGAAGACAGGUCUGGCUACGUCCCUGGCUGUUCUGUGCCAUGAGGUGCCCCAUGAACUUGGGGACUUUGGUGCCCUACUCCAUGCAGGGCUGUCCGUGAGUCGUGCCCUACUGCUGAACUUGCUGUCGAGCUUGACGGCCUUUGCUGGGCUCUACGUGGCUCUGGGGAUUGGGUCCAGUGAGCAAAGUGAGAUAUGGAUCCUCGCAGUUGCCAUUGGGCUCUUCCUCUACGUGGCACUCUGUGACAUGCUGCCGUCAAUGAUGAGUGUGAGGGACAAGAGGCCCUGGCUGCUCUUCUUCCUGCACAAUCUGGGGCUCCUGAGUGGCUGGGCCAUCCUGCUGGUACUAUCCUUGUAUGAGGAGAACAUCACCUUCUGAUUGGCAGCCUUCCUGACACCUGACCCUUCACUGCCCACCCUCUGCCCUCUACUACUCUCUAACUCUGAACUGGACCCAGCGUGGCCCUCUGGCCUCUGACCUCUGACCCCUUCUGUCACCUUGUACAAUGCACUAGACACUUUUCUGGGAUGCUCUUUGAUGAUUCCUGAGUUGAGGUGCCCCCAGGUUCCCUCUUCACCCCCAUCACUCUCCAGAUCUUUCAGGAUCCAUUCAUUAGCGCCUCAGAGAAAAUUUCUACAAAAUUAUUUUGACAUAUCCUAAAAUGCAUACAUACCUUCCCCCUGAUGGGUGAGGAGGGGUUCACUGUUCCCUGCCCCUCACUGCUUUCUAACCUCCAGUGACCUCAAGAUCCCACACAUCAGCUUUUUGUCCCUGGUCCUCAGUCCCUCAGGCCUCUGGGAAUUCCUGCUACACCCUUUGUGCUAGACACAGGGGAACAGGGAGAGUUCCAGAGGGGGCCCCUGCCUCCACUUCAUGUAACCCUUAUAAACCUGUUUUUUCCUUUUUUGGGCUGCUUUGGUCUCCUGCCCUUCAAUGGGAAGGAGGAGGGAGAGAAUGAAAGGAUGGAGGGAGCCCAGUGAGGAAGGGGGAGCAGGAUGGAGUGGUGGACAGAUGCCCAAUGACCGCACAGAGUGGGAGUGAUGGGGUGUGGGCCCAAGCCGAGACCUUUGCCCCUUGCCCCACAAAGAAUUUGGCUCCCAUUUGUCUACAGGCUCCAGAAAACCCUUAUACUUUUCUUACUCUUAACUGUCUCAAAUGGUUCUUUAUGGACUCCCUUAUCUCCCUUUGAAAACCCUAACCCCACCUUCUGAUCUUAUUCAGAUGCCUUUCAAACUUCUU